AUGUCGAAGGAUGACUAUGACCAAUUUGUCAAAGCUUUUAAAGAGAUGAAAGAUGAUGAUCUACUUAAAGAUGAUCCCAAAGAUGAGAAUUAUUUAAAAAAUGGUAUAUUCACCAAGGAUGAAUUGUCAGAAAUAAGUAACCAUAAAUUAAAGAAAUUACCAAAAAUCGAUAAUAAUAUCUUAGAAUAUUUAAAUAGUUUUUGUGUUGAAUUCUGGAUGUUAAUAGGAUUGAAAGUACUGGUGUUAAGAUUGAACUCCCCAACAGGAUAUGUUUGCAGGGUCUUAAGAACAAACAUGUUUGAAAUUCCUCCAAACAUUAAUGAAUUUGGUUCAAAAGCUUUAAAUGCAUUCAUUAUGACUUUAAAAGCAAAAAUAGAAAUGGCUCAAGUUGGCGGCGAUAAUGGGGCAGCAGAAGAUGCCACUUCUACAAUUAUAGAAAAAUUAAAACCAGCGAUUUCUGAAACUAAACAAGUUAUUGGUCAUGCAGCACAAAAAAGCAAAAAUUGGUUUACUUAUGGAGUGAUAGCGUUAAAUGCCAUACCUUUAACAAUCCUAUUGACAUUUCUUUUUGUUACAACAAGUAUUGUUGUGUUGAUCAUUGGUACCAGAAUCUUUUUGGCCAAAGGAUUUUUCAUUGGUGUUGGAUCAUUUUUCUUUGUUCCUGUAAUGAUCAUAAUGAUUUUUGCAUCACAAGAUAAUACAACAUCGUUGUCUUUUGAUACUCAACACAUCCUUUCUAAAACUAGUAAAGUUCUUACAGGCGGUAAAGAAGGUGGUAUUGGUGGUGAUGCAAGCAGAGGCAAGAAGAAUUUAAUUGAAGAAAUAAUAAUUUUACUGUAUUGA